UCGAUUGACAAUAUACCGUUACAUUAUAAUAUCUCUAGUGAAAUUGAAAUAUCACGGAUUUGACAAUAUAUAAGCGACAUAUACACAUCAAAAUUGAUAUGUGCUAAAACGCUAAUGUAACUUUAAGUAUAUUUUAGGACAAAAUGUUGGAAUCGAGAAAAGUUUUUGUAUUAAAAGAAGAAUCUUCUGAAGAUGUGGCAAGAGCGAUGAUUGAAGGUGGAGGUCAAAAAGAAUCAUUCUUUUUACUGGAUCUUGACGAAGUGUAUCACCGCAUACAAUAUUUUAAGUCUCGUUUGCCAAGGGUGCAAAUAUUUUAUGCAAUGAAGGCUAAUGACUCCGAACAAAUAUUGAAAAUGGCAGUUUAUACCGGGCUUGGUUUCGAUUGCGCUUCGCCUGGUGAAAUUGAUAAAGUACUUCAGCUCAACGUUAACCCAUUAAGUAUUAUAUUUGCUGUUCCAACGAAACCCACACACUGGAUGACGUAUGCGAGAGACGUUGGUGUGAGACACACUACCUUUGAUACCUCGUACGAGUUGAAGAAGAUAAAGCAAUAUUGGUGUGAUGCGCAGUUGUUAAUCAGAAUAAAAGUCGAGGGAGACAGCAUUUACAAACUCGGUGACAAAUUUGGAUGUGAUUUUGAAACUGAAGCGAUUCAUCUUCUUGAUGAGGCUGCAGCUCUUAAUUUAAAGGUUGUGGGUGUGGCUUUUCACGUGGGUAGUGGUUGUUCUUCCGCUGACAGCCAUAUAAUAGGGCUUCAAAGAGCGAAAGCAUUGUUCGACCACGAAGAAAAAGCGGGGAGGAAAAUGAAUAUUGUUGAUAUUGGGGGUGGCUUCUUGGGUGACAGAAGAGACAGAAUUGAUCAGGUAUCUACACUCGUAAAUGACGCAUUAAAGAAGCUAUUUCCGGAUCCAAAUAUUCAAAUUAUCGCUGAGCCAGGCCGCUAUAUAUGUGAAUCCUCCAUGGAUCUCUACAGCAGCAUCAGUAAUGUUCGAAGGAUAAUGAAGGAAGAGCAAAGGGUGAAUAUGAUUUAUAUGAAUGAUGGAUUUUUUGGCUCUUUGAGAUUCAGUGAUCCAUGGCACAGAGUGAAGAGAUUUGAGGUGUAAACCUCACUACUGUUGAACACACAAUCACGAACACACGUCACUACUGUUGUUAUCACAAUUGUUGACUUGCUGAUGAUAAUUGGAUCAUCGAAAGAAAACUGCAACAUAGCAGCAGCAAUAGCAGUACUUGAAGGCGAUUAUGAAAGCAUUCCACGAGCUGCGUAACGAUGUCCCUGUGAUGUCCGUACCACGAAAACUGAUUGUAAAGGAAAUCUACCAGAGACAACGAUAAUCUGGGGACCAAGUUGUGACUCAACAGACCGUGUUAUGGAAAACUUGGAUAUCAAGCUCCCGCUGUGUUCGCCAUUAGAUUGGCUAGUUUUUCCGAUUCGAGGCGCCUACAGCUUUGGAUUGGCGUCUGAUUUCUCGUGCUUACAGAAAUCUUUGAUAAGAUCAGUCAUCUCCAGUGACUUAUGGAACAAGAUAAAAGGCCACGCAGUAUACAAAUCCAACGAAUUUGUUGAAAAUCCUGUGUUGUCCGAGCCUCUUCCAUCGACGUGGCCACCACUGUAUCACGCUGAAUGGCAUUUCAAUAAUAAUACAUUAAAAAGUUAAUGAUAAA